AUGCCGCCUUCUACCUCGUCUAGCGAUGGCGACAGCGAGCUCCCAAUAGACAUAGAGAAACAAGAUGACCAUGUUCAUCCUCACAGUCAAUGUGAGAAGGGCUGUCCGAGUCGACAGAAUGAUAAUGAGCAAGACGGUGACAGUCCCGCAGAGACGACAGAGGAUUGGCAGAUACCAACUGAGCCUGCCCUCGACACGGAAGCCGAUGGCGUGACCGGGACAUUAAACCGAGUGCUGAGUCGGAUAUCGACGAAAUCGAGCUGGAACCCCGGGCCACCACCGGACGGAGGCCGAGUUGCUUGGCUAGCCUGUCUCUGCGGGCAUUUAGCCAUAAUGAACACGUGGGGCUUCAUAAACUCCUUCGGCGUCUUCCAAACCUACUACGUCUCGACCCUGGGCCGGGCCCAGUCGGACAUAUCGUGGAUCGGCUCGAUCCAAGUCUUCCUGACCUUCUUCAUCGGGACCUUCACGGGGCGCAUGACGGACGCGGGUUUCUUCCGCCCGGUCCUCAUCAUAGGCACCGUGUUCAUGACGGUCGGCAUCUUCACGACGUCCGCGGCGACGCAGUACUGGCACCUGCUCCUCUCGCAGGGCCUAUGCAUGGGCCUCGGGUCGGGCUUCAUCUUCUGCCCGGCCAUCAGCACCGUCGCGACCUACUUCAGCAAGAAGCGGUCCCUCGCGAUCGGCAUAGCGGCCUGCGGCUCCGUGUCCGGCGGCCUGAUCUUCCCGGCCAUGGCGCGCCAGCUGCUGCCCUCCGUGGGCUUCGGCUGGGCCGUCCGCGCCAUCGGGUUCGUGCAGCUCGCGACGCUAGGCUUCGCCAUCUUCUUCAUGAAGUCGCGGCUGCCGCCGCGUCGCGCCGGCUCCCUCGUCGAGUGGCCCGCCUUCCGCGAGCUCGAGUACGCCUUCUACGCGGCCGCCAUCUUCUUCAACUUCUGGGGCGUCUACUUCGCCUUCUACUACCUCGCCGCCUUCAGCCGGUCGGCCCUCCUCAUGACUCCCAGCCUGAGCUACACCGAGUCCCUCAACCUGGUGCUGAUCUUGAACGGUAUAGGGAUCGUGGGACGCCUCUUGCCGAACCAUUUGGCGGAUAAGGUCGGGCCGCUGAAUAUGAUGAUUCCGACGUGCUUCGCGUGCGGCGUGUGCUUGCUCGCGUGGAUGGCGGUGCGGACGCCGGCGCAGCUGUAUGGCUGGACGUCUAUUUAUGGGAUUGCUGCCGGGUCGCUGCAGAGCUUGUUUCCGGCUGGUUUGAGUAGUCUGACGACGGACCUGCGGAAGCAGGGGACGCGGAUGGGGAUGGUGUUCACGAUUGUGAGUUUUGCGGUGCUAACCGGGAAUCCGAUUGCGGGCGCGAUUAUUGGUGCGAUGGAUGGGAAGUACUAUGGUGCGCAGGGGUUUACGGGCGCGUGUUUGAUUGUUGGCAUGGGGUUCUUGAUCGCGGCGAGGGUGGUGAGGAUGAGAAAGACGGGGCAGGGGUGGAAGGUCAAGAUUUAG